GCGCUCCGCAGCCGCGCGCGGUGCCUUUGGGAAUUGUAGUUCUGGCCCUGCCUCCUUACACUCCCAUCGUGCCCUGCGGCGCCAGGCGGGGCGAGCUGGUUGCUAGGUCUUGGUGAAGCGCAGCGCUCGCGCGAAUCUCUCUAGGUGGCUUCGGGCUCCAGCACAGGUGCCAGGCCAGCCAAAGCAGACAUGUCCGGUAAGGAGAACAACUUCCCGCCUCUGCCGAGGUUCAUCCCGCUGAAGCCCUGUUUCUACCAGGACUUCGCCGACGAGAUCCCCGUCGAGCACCAGGUGCUGGUGAAGAGGAUCUAUCGGCUUUGGAUGUUUUACUGUGUCACCCUCGCCAUCAACCUCGUCGCCUGCCUGGCCUGGUGGAUUGGCGGUGGCUCCGGGGCCAACUUCGGGCUGGCCUUUGUCUGGCUGCUGCUCUUCUCGCCCUGCAGCUACGUGUGCUGGUUCCGGCCCGUGUACAAGGCCUUCCGAGCUGACAGUUCCUUCAAUUUCAUGGCCUUCUUCUUCAUCUUCGGGGCCCAGUUUGUACUGACCGUCAUCCAGGCUAUCGGCUUCUCAGGAUGGGGCGCGUGUGGCUGGCUGGCGGCCGUCGGGUUCUUUGGCACCAGCGUGGGUGCUGCUGUGAUCAUGCUGCUGCCCGCAAUACUCUUCUCCGUGUCGGCCGCCCUGAUGGCCAUCUCCAUCGUGAAGGUACACAGGAUCUACCGCGGGGCGGGCGGAAGCUUCCAGAAGGCGCAGACAGAGUGGAACACAGGGGCCUGGCGGAACCCGCCGUCGCGGGAGACCCAGUUCAACAACUUCUCGGGGAACAGCCUGCCCGAGUACCCCACCGUGCCCAACUACCCGGCCAGUGGCAGCCAGUGGCCCUAGAGGGGUCAGACCAGCCCUGCGCCUGCCGGCCAGCCCUGCCCCUCCGCACCCACGGCCCCUGGUCCUUCAGGGCCUGAGCACCGCACUGGGGCUGCCCCCUCAGCAGGGGCCGGCACUGCCAGAGCCCGAGUUCAUCUCAUCCCGGGGCCACGGCCCGGCCGGGGGGCAGCUACGCCUUCAUCUCCACCGCAGAGGGUGGCAGCCGCCUGUGCUGCCCGUCCCUGCAGCACUGAGGACUCGGGGGUCCUGGUGCCCAGCUCCGUGUCACCCCUUAGUUCCCCAUCACCUGGGCUGGGGAGAAGCUGGCAUCUUGUCACCCUCUGUCCCUCGUGCCCCAUGGGGUGACGGCUCCCUGGAUGGGGCUGUGGGGACAGCAGAGGCAGGUCCCCUGCCUGGCUGGGCUUCUUCCCUGCACUCCUGCCCCCUGGACAGCCCUGUUGGGACCCCGCUGUCCUGAGUUUCCUCCUGAGGCAGGCGGCCUUCCUCUCCUGGGACCAAGCUUCCGCCCCUCAAGACUCUGUCUGUGUUCUGAAGACUGGCCGAGCCCCGGUCAGGGUACCGUCCUGACCUGGAGCAGAGCAGCCUGCCUCAGCCACACGGUGGAGGGCGGCCAGGGCCCGGAGAGGCUCCCCUGGCUUCAGGGGUGCAGGGGGACGAGGAAGAGGACGGCCUUGUCCCCGGGGGGGACAGCCCUGUGCCACCGCAGAGCGGAGUCUGGCGGGCAGCACUGUUUACCUCCCCUGCCCCCGGCGCACUGUCCCGAGGGGCCCCCGCAGCUCCCUUAAUGACGUUUGGGCCAAAAUCGACUUUCCUGGGCGGCCUUUCCGUGCUGACGGCCAGGCCUCCCCAGGUCCUCUGCACCCAGCUGCCCGUGCCUGGCAGGAAACUCACAGGGAGGUGCCAGCCUGGGCCCCUGGCCACGGGUCCUGCCACCGCCUCAGGGCGCAGGGGGUUUUGUCAGCUGAUGAAGAUCUGGAAAUAAAUCUUUCAUUCUGCACCAGUGA